AUGGCAAGAAGAUGCAGGUAUGAAGAGUACGAGAAGGACCGAGCGACAACCGUUAUCGUCACGCACGCGGCGGUGCAUGUGGACUACGCAGUCGGAGGACUGCUGGGAACCGGGGGCUUCGGCCUGGUCAAGGAAGGGCUUCACCGGCAGACUCAGUCGAAGAGUGCGCUCAAGUUCGUCUUCCGCAAGGGCCUUUCGAAGAAAGACGAGGAGCUAUUCCUCAUGGAGGCCGGUAUCCUAACGGGCCUCACGCACGCACACGUUGUGGAGAUGCGGGGUUUCUACAAGUGGGAACAGGCGUACUGCCUGGCGAUGGAGCGUAUGGAGGGAGGGGAGCUGUGUGAGGAUAUCGUCCGGAGAGUGUUUUACUCCGAGGCAUGCGCACGAAGGGUGCUGGAUGCGUUAGCGUUCUUGCAUCGGCGUGGGAUAAUACAUCGCGACUUGAAACCCGAGAACCUACUGCUUGUACGACGAGGGAGCGAGUACGUGAAGUUGGCGGACUUUGGCUUUGCCGCGGUACUGUCCCAGCCUACUUACAAGGUGGUGGAGCCAGUUGGGAGCCCGGGGUACGCUGCGCCAGAGGUGUUGCGCGUGAUGCCCUAUGACGGCCAGGCGGACGUGUUCAGCCUGGGCGUGAUUUCCUUUGUGCUUCUUUCUGGUUAUCUGCCGUUCGGAGGGGUGGACGAUCCCCUUACGGAAAUAGUGAACGCCACAUUCGAGGGCAACCCACCCUUCGACGAAGUGCAGUGGUCAGCUGUCUCAGACGAAGCUAGAGAUUUCGUCGAAGCGUUGCUGAGUCCAAGCCCAAGUGAUCGCCCUACGGCGGAAAAGGCGAUAUUCCACCCUUGGAUGAAGGUUCAGGGGAACACGCUGCUAUCGCGCUCUCUCAGUGACCGGCGAUUUGGCGAAAACAAGCCCCUUUUAGAGGAGUUCCAGGGUCUGCAGAGGAGGAGACUCAAGGCUGCGGUAGGAGCAGUGGUUGCAGCCAAUCGCCUCCACAAAUUUCUCGCGGCGGGACAUAAGGACCAUGGCGACGAAUCCGCCGGUCGCCAAGGAGGUGGGAAGGAAGAGGAAAAGCCAGCACAGCCCGAAGAGCCAAUGGAAACACGAUAUAUCAAGAGGGUAGACGGAGAGAGAGCGUUGUAUGGCAUUCGAUAACAUUUGGUUGGCAUCUCAAGGUUAGAAGGGACAUGCCGAGGAAGGCAAGCAAUUCCGAGGGGGCAGCAGGAUUUGGAUGCACGUCGCGUUGGAUACCUGAGUUGAGCAAGCGACAUGCCUAAGUGCUGUGCGGAGUCGUGCCAUCCUACCAUACCACGGCCUUGACAGGAAAGGAUAAUUCCGAAGGGUGGGUUGCACACGCGCAUGCCACUUAGCGUACUUAACAAUAUCUUCCGUUGGUCGCGUGGUGCCACCAAAGAGUGCAUUUUGCGCAAUAGCUACCCUGGACGCUGGUUGUGUGCGUAUCGUGCGGCGAACAUCGCGUCGUAGGCGUUGCAGUUGUACUACAUAGGGCGG